AAUACAGAAGGCGAAAUGAUUGGAAUCGACUGUAUCCCGACUCCAAGGACUAGGAACUGAAAGAGUCGAUUUUACUCAAAGGAGUCGGUACAUGCUUUCUAACGCAGUGAUCAAAGAAUCGACACUUUUCAGGAGCGAGUGAAAGCUUUCCAUCACGUGGAGCAAAUGGUGCGCUGCAACACAGCCGAUUGUAAAAAAAUAAUAAUAAACUGUAUUUGUAAGACGUUGAUAAGUGUGCACUGUAUGUGCACAGGUGGUUUAAAUAACAUUUUGUGAUCUAGUAUCCUGGUCAGCCACGGAGUAUUGCGUGGUGGUUAAUGAGUGAAGUUAUUUUGGAUUGAAGCUUGAAUCAGUCGCACCUCAGCUCACAGAAAUGCGAACAUCCUUUGCAUGUUUGAUGAAGCCCGUGCUCCAUGGCUAUUUCAGAAGUUCUUGCUCUUAUAGAGUGCGGAUUGCUUUUGCCCUGAAGGGUAUUGAAUAUGAUCAAGUGCCAGUCAAUCUCGUCAAGGAUGGAGGCCAACAGCUGACAGAUCAGUAUAAAACAGUCAACCCAAUGCAGCAAGUCCCUGCAGUCACCAUUGAUGACAUCACCUUGUCUCAGUCACUCGCCAUCAUCCAGUACCUUGAUGAAACUCGUCCCAAGCCACGUCUUCUCCCUGCUGACAUAAAGCAGCGAGCCCAAGUGCGUAUGAUCUCUGAUCUCAUCGCCUCUGGGAUACAGCCUCUACAGAACGUUUAUGUGAUACAGAAAGUUGGUGCAGAAAAGGUACAGUGGGCUCAGCAUUUCAUCAACAAGGGAUUCAAAGCCCUUGAAACCAUUCUAAAGGAGACAUCUGGAACGUACUGUGUUGGGGAUGAGAUAUCCAUGGCAGACAUCUGUCUUGUACCCCAGGUCUACAAUGCCGAAAGGUUUAAAGUGGAUCUUGACCAGUAUCCUACAAUCAAGAGGAUAAACCAGACACUAAUGGAGCUUGAAGCCUUCAAAGUCAGUCAUCCAUCCUGUCAGCCUGAUACACCUGAUGACCUGAAAGCAUAAACAAUUUAAAGCUCCCUGUUAAGUCAGAAGUAGAAAAAUGAGAUUAAAGCUUUAUUAAAGGAGUUUACACCAA